AUGGACCAUGCCACGCAACAGGUGUUCAACAACCAGCUUGUCUCAUCGGGCGUGAAGAUCCCCAUUGUGUUUAGUGUUCAAGAACGGCUGGAGAAUGGCACCCUUGGAGAUUGUCGGAUCAAAGACGUAUCCAUUCUGAAGGAUCACUUGACAUCGUCUAUUAUUUUUGACAUUUCCAAAAAUCGUUUGAGUGAAUACACUGUGAAGUUUGAAGUAUCAAUCUGCAAUCUGGCAUCCAUUCAAAGGUUACAAUUAAAUAACGAUUCCAUCAAAGCUGUGGUAUAUUUAGAAAAUGAGAAAACUAGCUCAAUUCUAGAAACUAUAUCACUGAAAAAUUUGCUGGAAUUGGGUUCAAAGAAGGUUUCCCAUUUUACAAAAACUCUCAAUGAAUUUCACCUUGAUUUAAAUUUCAGCAUAGACUCUUCUGACAAAAGGACAGAAGAAGAAAUAACGAAUCAUUUCACUACCUUGCGACUUCCCUAUUCCCCUCAGAGCGACCUAACCUCACUACCAUCAUAUUUUUCCUCCGAUAUCUCAAGUACAAACCAAUCUUUCGCGUCUUUGAAUUCACUAUCUCCACCAUCACGUCCAAAUUCAACAUGUUCGAAGAAGAAGUCCAUACCUAAUUUCUUGAAGCCCUCGUUAAAGGGUAGUUCCAAAACAAACUCAAACAUUGAUAUAUCAACUUCAAAUCCAGACCUGUAUCAUGAAGACACCGAUGGAUUUCUAAUCCUUCAAAUAGAGUCAGCCACAGGAUUGCCGCCUUUCAAGAAAAAAACACAACUGGGCUAUGAUAUGGAUCCAUUUGUCGUAGUCUCUUUCUCAAAACAGAUCUACAAAACAAACGUUUGUAGGCAUGCACUCAAUCCAUCAUGGAAAAACCAGCUAAUCAAUAUUCGAGUUAGUAAGUACUCUUUGAAAUUUCUGCUGAAACUUUCCGUCUAUGAUUUUGAUGUCUUUACAUUUAAUGAUGAUAUCUGCUCUACAUCUCUGGAAAUUGGUGAUCUAAUCAAUGAAUCCGAACAUAAUAGUAAUGAUACUUGGACUUACAAGAAGUUACCGCUAAGUUUCUCCGAUCGUGCACUCUCGAAAAAGCUUUUAAAGACCCAGAAUUAUAUGCCAGAGCUCUCAAUAAGGUUCAAGUAUGUUCCAGUCAGUACCUUGGCAGGCCUAGUCCAUAGUUUCAAUCCAACUAAAACUAGGUGUCCAUAUUGUCACAAACUUGAUAAAAAACAUGCAUCGGCGCUUCAGCAUUUGUCUAUUUGUCGGAUGGGUUUAAAACCAAGUCAGUUUUUACAUAAACACUAUACAACUUCAAACCAUGCAUCAAGGAGAUGGUAUGUCAAAAUCUUAGCUCAUAUAGCUUACGGUAGAUUAACUGUUGGUGGAAAUAACGCCCACAUUUUGGUCCAAGAUAGAGUUACUGGAUUAGUUUUGGAGGAGAAAAUUUCGGUUUUCGUCAAGUUAGGUAUUAGGUUGUUAUAUAAGUCUGUCAAGUCUGAUAAUUCCAGCGAAAAGAUCAAGAAAAUGUUGAGAUCCCUUUCGAUUAAACAGGGUGCCAAGUAUGAUAAGCCUAGCUCCAAGUCUAAAAUUGAGGAAUUUGUCAAAUUUCAUGGGUUAAAAUCAACACUAGUGGAAUGUGAAAAUCCAGACUUAUCUAGCUAUAGAACAUUCAAUGAAUUUUUCAGCCGGAAACUGAAAUCAGAUGCAAGACCCCUUGAAGGUGGUACGGACAACCAGAUAAUUGUAUCAGUGGCUGAUUCUAGACUGAUUGUUUUCAAUGACAUUUCGUCGGCUAAAAACUUGUGGAUUAAAGGUAACGGAUUUACCGUUGAUAAACUACUGGGUAGGAAAGAAACCGGGGAAGUUAAAUUCAAAUAUUCAAUUGCCAUCUUCAGGUUGGCUCCUCAAGAUUACCACCGUGUUCAUCUUCCACUCAAUGGGAAAAUAGUUAAAAUCAAUCAUAUCCACGGUUCUUAUUAUACAGUGAAUCCGAUGGCAAUCAGAUCUGCAUUGGAUGUUUUUGGUGAGAAUGUUAGAACUGUAAUUACCCUUGAAACUGAAGAGUACGGGGACGUCGAACUAGUCAUGGUUGGUGCAAUGAUGGUUGGCAGUAUUAUCCUAUCUGUCAAGGUGAAUGAUAUUGUUAAAAAAGGCCAAGAAUUGGGGUAUUUCAAAUUUGGUGGUUCAACAGUUAUACUUGUCUUUAGAAACAGCAGAGAGGACUCGAAUAUGCCAAAAAUGGUAUGGGAUGGUGAUUUGUUAUCCAAUUCGAACAAAAAAUUGGAAACUCUAGUUAAAGUUGGCAUGAGUGUAGGUCAUUCUGUUAGAAGCAAAGAAUUCAGGAGAGGCGUCAAGAAAGAAGUUUCGGAUAGUGAGAGAAGAGAAAUUAUCCGGAGGGUUACAGGUAUUCCAGAGAAUCCAACACCAGGGGUCGGAGACAACAUCAAGGCCAAACUAGGCGGAAUGAUUGAUGAUGUGAUGAGUACAAAGAGUGUUAAAAGUUACAAUCAAAGGAACGAAAUAGAGAAUAUGCUUCAAUCAGAUUGGGAAAUCAAAGAGUUGACGACGCUUGAAGGACUAAAUGACAACGGUGAACUUCGAGAUCAGAUCGACAUCGAUGUGACAAGAGGGUUUGAUGGAACCAACUUUUUCCAUAUGUUGGAUAAUAGUGACGAAUAUAACUCAUUGGAUAAAUAG